CCGAUGCUGCUCCGGGGGACACAUGGAGGGGGGCUCUCCCGCUGAGACACGGCGGCCACCACGGCUGCCCCCCAAGCAGCACGGCCAGACCCCCCCGCCAGCGGACCACCCCGAGACCCCUCAUGGCCCCCACGCAGUCCUGGAGAGCAAGGUGAAGGCGCUGAAGGAGAAGCGGGGGGCUGGCCGGCCAGGGACCCCCACAGCCACCCCCUCACCCAAGAAGACCCGGCCUCGGCGGGGGAAGCCAGGGACGGAUGUGGCGGCGCUGGAGCCGCGGGCUCAGCUCCGCACCUACCUGACCGACGGGCUGCUGGAUGGUGGGGAGCCCCCAGCCCCCCGCCCCGGCACCCCAGGGCUCUGGAGGGUGCCAUCAACCAGGAGGGAUGUGCCAGGAGGUGCUGAGCUGCUGCCGGAGGAGGGCAGUGGGUCCCGGGGCUCUGCCUCCCUCCAUGAGACACCCCCCAUGGGAGAAGAGGAACGAACCCCACCAUGGGACAGAGAGGGUCCCCCUGUGUCCCCAGCCGUGGUGGAGGGCUGGGAGAGGCUCUCGCUGGCCGAGCGGGUGGAGAGGAACCGUCGGCUGCUGCAGGAGGUGCUGGGCCUUGCCGCCCCCGAGGUGCCGGCGAGCGACGGGGACUGGGACUCGGGGGUCUCGCUGCAGGACGCCGAGGGCUGCAGGGCCUUUGUCCCCGGGCAGGAGCUCGAGCUGAGCCCGCGGCACGAGCAGGCCAAGCAGCUGCUGCAGCGCGCCCGCAUGAAGGCUCGGACGAACCCCCUGCGCGCCAGCCACGACAUCCUCCUCCUCCCCACCGCCGCCGCCACCCCGCGCCCCAGGGCCUUUGUCCCCGGGCAGGAGCUCGAGCUGAGCCCGCGGCACGAGCAGGCCAAGCAGCUGCUGCAGCGCGCCCGCAUGAAGGCUCGGACGAACCCCCUGCGCGCCAGCCACGACAUCCUCCUCCUCCCCACCGCCGCCGCCACCCCGCGCCCCAGGGAGCCCAGCGGGAGGCCGAGCGUCACCCCGCGGGACGGUGGGAGCCUGAGUGACUCGUCGAGCGGGGAGUCCAGCUGCGGGCGGCCCCGGAGGCCCCGGGGACCUUCCCCGUCCCGUGUCCGCUUCGAGGACGAGUCGGCCCGCGACGCCGAGGUGCGGUACCUGGAGCGGCUGCAGCUGCGGCACCGGCGGGCACUGGGCUCGGCCCUGUCCUCCCCGGAUCCAGCCGGCAGCGGGCAGCCGGGCGACGGAGCCGGCCGGCCCAAAGCCCGAAGCGGUGACCUGGUGGCCGGGGGCAAGUGCAGCGCCUGCGGCUCCUUCCUCGGUGCCACUUCCAGCCGGGGCGUGGAUACAACGGCAGCCACCGACGCAGCCCCGAGCAUCCCUGCAGCACCGGGAAGCAUCCCAGGGGAGAGCGGGGGGCUGAGCUCUGCCAGGCUGGAGCCCAAAACCAAGACUCUGGGCCCCCGGGGGUCCCCGCUGUGGAUCCUCCCCUCCCGGCAGCGCAUCCACACCGAGAAGAUCAAGGAGACGUACAUCGGGGAUGUCACCUACAUUGAUGAGGUGGACUCAGCCCUGGAGAGCACUGACACCUCUGACGGCUGCCGGACGGACAGCGAGGAGGCAGGACCCCGCAGCCCCCACCCGAGGGGGCACAGGGAUCCCCGGGCUCGUGGGCACAGGGCCCCCCAUCCUGCCCCACAGCUGGAGGCGAGACCCGGGAAGGGGACGUGCGUGGCUGGUGGUGGCCCCUGUGCAGGGGACGGGGUCUCAGGUGGCACCACAAGCCAGCCGGGGGCUGUUUGCCCCCUGCCACUGGGCAGAGCUGGCAGCCGGGAAGAGGGGGACCCCCACCAACAUCUGGGGGACAGCGAGGGGGUGGGAAACACCACUCGUCCCCCACAGCAGCCCAGUGAGCCCCCGGACCCCUCCUCGCAGCCGAGGACCAUCACUCCGAUGCCAGGCACCCACCUCCCCGCUCCCCCCACCACCAAAAAGGCCUCCUCCCAGGUGCCUUGCAGGAAAGCCCUCUUCUCCAGUGGCAGCCGCCGGGCAUCCAGCCAAGGUGCCCGGGGUCCAGAGCCUGAUGGUGGGAGCGCUGGGCCUCCCCAACCAGGGGGCAGGGCAGGGCCGGGGGAGCGGAGGGGUCCCUGCGGCCCCAGGUGGCUCCCAGGGAGCCCCCUCCGUGCCUUGUCCACCAACAACUGCAACAACACCCACGGGCAGGACCCACCGGGGAUGGGCAGAGGGGCACCGUCGCAGCCUGUCACCCCUGCACCCCAGGAGGCUGCUUGUCCACCCAGGGGAGCUGCAGGGAUGCCUGGAGGGCAGCAGCAUCCAGCCGGGAGUGUGGCACACGGGGAGCCGGGGCAGCCAGCGAGCCGCAAGGGCAGCAGCGCUUCGGCCUCGGGGCUGAAGAAGCUCCUGUGCAGCCUGAGCCAGAGCACCAAGCAGCGCCUGGGCCGCUUCCGCUGCUACAGCAUGGAGCAGCUCCCGGCCCCCGGUGGCACCCCCCCAGAUGGCCCCGGCAUGAAGAAGUCUCCCUCCCUGCAGUCCCUGCGGCUGGUGUCACCCUUCUGCCAGCCACGAAAAGCCGCCUCCAUCCAAAGCCUGCACCCCCUCCUGGGCAAGGCGUCCCGUGCCAGCGCCUACCUCCUGCCCCAGACCGUGGCCGACAGGAAGGGGGACUCGGGGCCGCGGCGCUCGCUGAGCGUGGAGGACAUCGGGGCGCCCGGCCGGCUGCGUGCGGUGGGGCGCGUGGUGGAGGUCUUCCCCGAUGGCACCAGCCAGCUGGAGCUGCAGCGGCCCCCACAUGGCGCCUUUGGGUUCUGUGUCACCUCUGGGCACGGCCGGCCUGACACAGGUGUCUACGUGCAGGAGAUGGCGGACGCCGGCACGGCCAAGCUGUACGCGGGGCUCCUGGGCGUGGGGGACGAGAUCCUGCAGGUCAACGGGGCGGCCGUCUCGGGGCUGGGGCUGGCCCGCAUCCGGGAGCUGCUGCUCCAGGCGGACACCCUGUCCCUCCGCGUCCUCAGGCACCGCCCGGCGCCCCGGUAGCCCCGGCACGGCUCCCGGGAAGCCCAUCGGGAGAAGGAGGAUGUCCCACCACCAUCCCGGGAUGCCGCAGGAUGGCACAGUGUUGGACCAAGUUGCCCUGCGGUGCCAGGGGACCUGCACUGCUCUGGUGGGGGCAGGUGGGCUUCCCUGAGGCAGAACAGGACCAAGGACCAUGCCCAGACAGCAUCCAGUGUCUCCAGGAGAUGCCCCAAGUGUGGGGACAGGGGACAAUGCCAUUGAGCCAGGGUGGGCUGUCCUGCUGGGCACUGGGAUGGCCAACAUGGGGAUGCCCCAUCCCUGCAUCCCCAGAAGACAUGGGGUUCCCAGCCACCGCUGGAAAUCUGCACCCAGGAGCU